AUGGCGGCACUGCACAAACGCACCGCGAGGAACUUCGAGGACCUGACUUUGGAUUCUGGCUAUGGCGGAGCUGCCAACUCCUUCCGAUCCUCCAACCUGUCCCUGUCCCAGUCCGGCACUGACGUGGCCUCGGGGCCCGGGGGCCGCUGGUGGACACUGCCGGGGUCCGGGGACGGCAGACACAUGGCGAGCUGUGACACCCUGGACACCGGGUUGGCUGAAGGCAGCGAAGGGUUGGAGGGUCCGGAUUAUGGCCCCAAACUGCCUCACCUGGAGGACAUCCCUUGGACUGAAGAGGAGAUACAAGAAGUCCUCACAAAGUGUCAGAUCAGGGAAGCCAAUGGGAAUAUUCCUCAUGAGUUACUGAAGAGAUUGUCCACCUAUCUAAGUAGGGUCUUGGUUCGAAUCGCCAGAGAGGCCCAGAGACUAAGUCUCAUGUGCGCCAAGUGCACCAAACACGAGAUCCAGAGCGCUGUCAAGAUGGUGCUCUCCUGGUCUCUCUCCGAGAGUUGCAUAGGAGCUUCUGUAAAGGCUCUGUCUCUUUAUAACAUGAGCUCUGGGGACCAGUUCAACAGCUCAAAGAGCUCCCAGUGUGGCAUUGUGUUCUCAGUAGGUCGCUUUUUCAGGUGGAUGGUGGACAGCAAGGUGUCCACCCGCAUCCACCAGCACGCAGCUAUCUACCUGGCAGCCUGCAUGGAGAACCUCCUGGAGGAGGUCUAUCUCAGAUUACUGGAGAACCUAUCCUUACAGGGGAAAAGCAUGACAGAAGCCAUUGAGAAGAAGCUGGAGCAAACAAUUAGCAAUGAUGCAGAACUUUGGGGGCUUUUCCGGCCAAUUGAGCCAUUGAUCUGUGGGAAGAAUGCUUAUGGUGUGCCCUGCCUUCCGAGCUACCUGAGCCUAUAUACUGAUCGCUACCAGGCCAACGGGUCAAGCCAGGGGCCACUGUACAGUCACGCAGAGCUGAGGACCCUGGAGCAGUCCAUGCUGGCUACCUGUGUGGGCAGCAUCGCAGAACUCAGUGACCUGGUCUCUCACGCUAUGUAUUACCUGCAGCAGUUUGGUGCCAAGUGUCACGGGACGGGUUCACAGGUGCACUUCAGACAGGGGCCAUACUCCUGGGAGCCUGAGGCUCUUCACUCUCUGUAUUACUAUAUGCACUGCCCCCAGAUGGAGUGGGAGAACCCUAACAUCGAGCCAUCCAGAGUCAAGCUGGCUACUGAGAGGCCAUACGAGGUUCUCCCACCAGUGGUUGAAUGGAUCCGAGUGUGCAUUGUACAUACUGAGCACAGGCACAGUGUGGUGGUGGACAGCAAUGAUGUGCGUCAAGCUGCCCGGCUCCUACUCCCUGGCGUGGAUUGUGAGCCCCGACAACUGAGGGCUGACAGCUGUGUGUGCAGAUCCCGCAGACUGAACGCCAAGGAGGCAGAGCUGAAGCUGAGACAGGACUUGGGCUUUCAGAUGCUGAGCUGUGGCCGUACAGACUUGGUGAAGCCAGCGGCUGGGCUGCUGGGACCAGAGGGGACCAACACUCUGAAUGAACAGGGAAUGAGCCCACUGAUGUACGCUUGUGCUAGUGGAGAUGAAGCGAUGGUACAGGUACUGCUGGACUCCGGAGCAGACAUCGACAUCCAGGUCCCCAGCACAGCUCAGCAGUUCACAUCCGUCCAUGCGGAGACUCGACGCUGGACUGCACUCACCUUUGCCGUUGCAUUUGGACAUCUAGCGGUCACACAGCUUAUGUUAGAUGCAGGGGCCCACGUGGAAGGCUUUGUCAAUGAAGGAAGCUGUUCAGAAACACCUCUGCAACUGGCAGCAACAGCAGGUCACUUUGAGCUGGUCAACUUGUUACUUGAGAAAGGAGCUGAUCCCUUGGCUGGGGUGCUGGGGAAGAGUGGAGUGACUGCAUCCCUGCAAGGAAUUAGCAACCCCUUCAGCCAGGCUGCUGCCCAUGGCCACAGAAAUGUGCUGAGGAAGCUCCUGUCUCAGCCAGAGGUCUCAAAUGAAGACAUAUUAUCCCUGGAGGACAUCCUCGCGGAAGGGGCUGACGUAAGCUGCCCCCCGACUGUGAAGCCUGGACUGAGCCGCAGCAGCAAGGCCAGGCGGAAGGCCCUGCAGGAUGCCCUGUAUCAGAGCGCAGAGCACGAGUAUCUGGAUAUCACCAUGGAGCUCCGAAACCUCUCUGUGCCGUGGACGCUGCAUGCCUGGCUGAAAUCUCUGAGGACUUCCUUCAUCCAGGGCCGCUGGUCCAUUACGCAGUGCCUGCUGAAGGAAUUUGACGGCGUGAAGGACGUGUACUGUGAAGACAUGAUCUCUCAGGGGCUGCCGCUGAUGUUUGAUAUAUUCCAACAGAGCCAGAAUGAUGUGAUCGUUCGACAGAUGGCAGCCAUUUUCAGCCACUGCUACGGACCCUACCCCAUCCCCACCAUCCCGGAGUUUGGGCAGAAGAUAAAGCCUGCAAUUGAUCCAUCUUUGCUGAACAAUAAGGAGAAGUCUGAAAUCACAUUCCUGGUGGAAGGGAAACCUUUCUAUGGCCAACGUGCACUGCUGUCAGCAGCCUCUUCUCGUUUCAGGGGACUUAUUUCUGGUGCACCAUCUGCCAACACUCCAGCCUCCAGCCCCAUCCUGGUCAAGGAUAUUACAUACAGCACAUUUGAGGUGAUGGUUCAAUAUAUUUACAAUGGAGGGACAGGGGGCCUGGACGUCAGUAAAACCCAAGCCUUGGAGGUUCUCUCUGCUGCCAGUACCUUCAGACUGAAGGCUCUAAAACGCCACUGUGAGCUUAUCUGUUCAAAGAACAUGACCCUGAGUAACAGCGUACAGGUGUACCAACAAUCCAAGAUCCAUAAAGCCUCGGAGCUGCUCUCGUUCUGCAUUGGCUACUUUCUGAAGAACAUGGUGCCUCUGCUGGAGCUGGACUCCUUUCAACAGCUGCUUUUUGGUGCCUGCAAGACCACAAAAGGUGCGAGCAUUCUCACAGAACUGCAGGCAGCCCUAGCCUGCAGGAUGCAGGCCAUUUACCGACCAACAUCCAAGGAGACAAUGGUGUGACCUGGCCUUGAGCUGAACGUCAAGCUCACAAACAAUGUCUUCCAUUCCUGACCCAGUGAUUGCCAAUGGAAUCAACAGCUGUCUGGUGCAGUUUCAUCUAUGUGCUGAGGUUUCAGGGCACUGUAUAGUCGUGUGACCAAAGAGCACAUUUAAAUAAGCUACUGAGUGAAUUGUUUCUUAACUGCAAAUAAGAUACAUCUGAGUGUUGCCUUUUAAAGAGGUCCCUGUAUUUAUUGAGAGCUGGUUGCUCCAUCUGUCUCAAGCACUGUUUUGCUUUUACACCUACCCUCUUGUUUAUUCAGGCUCUUAAAAUGCCUGAGGCCUUUCUAAUGCACUUUAAUGUAAUCUAACUUUAUCUUCAAUGCGAUGCUCACUCCUCAAUGUAACUAAAACUCAGCUGUGCCGCAACUGGUGAGCUGAGUGCUGAAGUGUUUAACAUGUUGUACUGUACAGUGUGACUCUACCUCACACUCUACCUUGAGGCUCUUCUGUCAGUAUCAAAAAACAUGCGAAAAAACAGAAGUGUCUGGGAACACUCAGCAGGUCAG